AUGGACGACACAGUCGAGUACAACCACACGGCUCGCCCGCAUCAAGACAUGUCACAUACCUCACCACAGCCUGCGUCCCUCAUCACAGACCUAGCGGAACUGGACUUCUCCGAAGAAGUGAAGCCACGCACAUUCCACCUCUUCAAGGAUCUCCCGCCCGAGAUCCGCACAAAGAUAUGGCGUCUCGCAGCGCCCAAGCCCGCUGUCGUGGAGCGCAUAUCCAAUAGCACGACCUUGGCCUACGGACUUCACCGCUCUGUCCCAGCGCUCCUGCAAGUUUGCCAGGAGUCUCGCGCUGAGAUGCUCUACGAUCCUGAGAACCCGCGUGGUCUGAGAGAUGAGCAGUUUGAGAUGAUGCAUCUCUCCAGAGGACACCAGGUGCAGGGCAAGGGCGUGUAUAUGAAUUAUCGUCAUGAUACACUCCUCAUCUAUAGAGGACCGGCUCAGUCAAUCAUGCCCAGCGCUCUCUGCUUCGCCAACCUCCGCCACCUGGCUAUGGAAUGGGGCCUCCGCCCCUGCUGGGUGCAGGGCCACUGCCACAAGGGCGUCCGAUUUCUCCGGCAGUUCCCCAACCUCAAGACUUUCACGCUCCUCGUCAGCUUCCAUCCCUUCAAUGCGCUGCCCCUGGGCGAGUCGGGCAGAAAGCACCGCGAGCAAACGCAGAAGCGGCGGGCGCUCAAUGAGAUUAAGUCGUGGGUUCUUGGUGCUAUUGAACAGGCUUUGGAGCAGGAUGACAAUGCUCGUACUGCUGCUGCUGCUGCCAGCAAUGACGCCAAUAUCGAUACCACCUCUGGCUCUUCAUCUGAGUCUACAUCCACACCUUCAGCUGCGCCUUGGUCAUCUACACACACCACUGUGUCUCCGGCUAUCUGGAAUCCACCCGAGGUCAGAGUCGUUCCAAAGACAAAGUACUGGAGCAUGCCGGCGCUGGCCUAG